AUGUCCUUCACCGACGUGAACGAGUCCCAUUUCUUGGACGCUGUAGCGAGUACCACCCGCCCAGUGGUCCAGAUCCUCCCUCUUAACGACAACGAGGUUUUCGACUAUCUCGAUGCUCAUCCAGACGCCCUGUCCAGGUACUUGGGAGAGCGUGCUGUCUUGUCGGAGUACUUCAGCAGGGCUAUCGCGCAAAACGAAAAUCCACACGGCGUACCCGCCUUCGUGAAUGCGACCACCCCAACUGCCGGUGAAGCGUUUCUCGAAGAAGCAGACGGUGACAUACAAGGCUCCGCAUUGCGACAUGCUGUGGAUGAUGGGCAGCCUGUCGAUGAAGAGGGCAGCAUGUGUGUGUACCAGGGUCAAGACGACGGAGACAGAGAUGAAGACGAUGAUGAGCAGGGUGACGACAGUGACAAUGGCAGAGAGAGUGACAGCAACGGUGGCAACCACAGUUGGGAGAGCAACGAUGACAGCGACGGUGGAGACGAUGACAACGCCACCUCCAAUGAGGAAUCUUCUCAGGCUGGUCCUAGCUCGACCUCGAGCAGCAACACCCACUCACCCGGCUCCAACAACAGCACCGAUGAAGCUGGAGGCGAUGAUGACGGCGGUGAAGAGGAGCAGGAAGAGCAGCUGAUGCCGUACCCCGCCCCUGCGCAUCUCGUCGCUUCCUCUCGCCUUAGGCCACCAAGACGAUCGUGGGCAUUGUGGGAAGAAGAGGCAUGCAUCCGCCACAUGCUCAACAUCAACGGCGAGCGACGACUCGUAGGGGAAGCACGAUUUCGGGAGGCUCUUCAUCGUAUGCAGAUCCACGACGGCGUCACAAGAACUGGGUACAGUGCAGUCAAGAAUUACUGGAAUCGCGUCGGCCGUGCUCGCUCGAGGUUUGACGAACGAAGAAAUAAGAAAGCGCCAUUGGCAACAUCGAAGCAAGGCAAGAGAGCCAAACGGAAGGCCUAUUACUUGGCGUCCCGACGACGCAAGACGGCCCGAGCCUCCUCUUUCAAGGUGCAAUCUCGCAACAACAGACGUCAACGCUCUCCAGAAAGCUCCACUGAUGAAGACGAAUUGGAUCAUUCCAUCAUGAGUGAUAACGAGGAACCAGUCCAUCUCCGCCACAACCACAAGCGAAAGGACCGAAGUGAUGACAGUGAUGAUGAUUGGGAACCGGGUUCUGCAGCAGCGAACGUCAUGGCGGGUGCGUCAAGGUCAUCACAGAGAGCUUGUGCUGUGUGA